CAUUUCCUCAAUUUUUUGUUUUUUGUUCUUUAUUUUUUUAUUGUUGUUGUUUUAUCAUAUUCAUUCAACGUUUCCAUCUCUCCUCCCCCUUCUCUUUUCCAUGUCAAAGAUGAACAAACGCUAACCUUAAUUUCUGUUAUUCAAGAAUUCGAUCACUCCAUCCAUCGACCAGCAGUUGGCUUUUGUGUUCUUCUUCUCCUACUUCUUUCCAGUUGCCGACGACGAUUGGCUGGAGGAAGCAAUCUCACAUGAUCAGACUCAGAAUCGUCACCCAGUCAACUACGAAGAAAUAGAUAGAACUUGAAUUCAGGAGUUCAUUUGCAGCUUGCCUUGGCAGUUUGGGCUAUUUUAACUGAUAUUGGUUGCAAUAGGCUUCCCAUAAGAGAUGGCAGACAGCUGGGAUGGAAGUUAUGACCAUGGAAGCCCGUCUGAUGAGAGCUACCACUUUGAGAAAAUACAUAUCGAGCCUAUUUAUGAUGCGUUUGUUUGCCCUCUAACAAAGCAAGUAAUGCGUGACCCAGUUACAUUAGAAAGUGGGCAGACUUUUGAGCGGGAAGCAAUUGAAAAGUGGUUUAAGGAAUGCAGGGAGAGUGGAAGGAAACUUGUUUGCCCAUUGACAUUGAAAGAAUUAAGAAGUACCGAGUUGAACCCUAGCAUAGCUCUACGAAAAACAAUCGAAGAAUGGACUGCAAGGAACGAAGCUGCACAAAUUGAUAUUGCCCGUAGGUCACUCUCUCUGGUCAGCUCGGAGCAUGAUAUUCUGCAUGCUUUGAAGUAUGUUCAGUACAUUUGCCAGAAAAGUAGAUAUAACAAGCAUGGUGGUUUUGAGCUGAUACCCAUGAUUGUCAACAUGUUGAAGAGCAGCAGUCGGAAAGUCCGGUGUAAAGCUCUGGAAACCCUUCGUAUGGUUGCAGAGGAGGAUGCAGAUAAUAAGGAGGUAAUUGCUGAAGGAGACACCAUACGUACAAUUGUCAAGUUCUUGUCUCAUGAGCUUUCCAAGGAGAGAGAGGAAGCUGUGUCUCUGCUUUAUGAGCUCUCAAAAUCUGAAACUCUGUGCGAAAAGAUUGGUGCUGUCAAUGGUGCAAUUCUUAUACUAGUUGGGAUGUCAAGCAGCAACUCUGAAAACAUUUUGAUUGUUGAGAAAGCUGAAAAAACACUGGACAAUCUGGGGAAGUGUGAGAACAAUGUGCGACAGAUGGCUGAAAAUGGUAGAUUGCAACCUCUUCUUGCGCUCCUGCUUGAAGGUUCCCCUGAAACUAAAUUAGCUAUGGCUGCACACCUCGGUGAGCUGGUUCUGAACAAUGAUGAGAAAGUUUUAGUGACCAGAACACUGGGUUCAUCACUUGUUCAUGUCAUGAAAAGUGGAAAUGUUCAGUUGAGAGAAGCUGCUCUGAAGGCCCUGAACCAGAUUUCAUCUUACGAGACAAGUGCCAGAAUCUUAAUAGAAGUUGGAGUCCUUCCUCCACUAGUCAAGGACCUCUUCACUGUUGGUGUUAAUCAGCUUCCUAUGAAGCUGAAAGAGAUCUCUGCAACAGUUCUUGCUAAUGUUGUGAGCUCAAGCUAUGACUUUGAUUCCAUCCCUGUAGGACCAGACCACCAGACUCUAGUCUCUGAAGACAUAGUGCACAACCUACUUCAUCUUAUCAGCAACACUGGCCCUGCCAUUGAGUGCAAGCUACUUCAAGUCCUUGUUGGACUAACUAGUUCUUCCGCAACUGUCCUGAAUGUAGUUUCUGCCAUUAAGAGCUCUGGUGCUACCAUAAGUUUGAUCCAAUUUAUUGAAGCUCCACAGAAGGAUCUACGUUUGGCUUCCUUAAAACUCCUCCAGAACCUCUCACCCCACAUGGGUCAAGAGCUAGCUGAUGCCCUACGUGGUACUGCUGGUCAGCUUGGUAGCCUGAUCCAAAUCAUCUCAGAAAGCAAUGGCAUCACAGAAGAGCAAGCAGCAGCUGUUAGCCUGUUAGCAGACCUGCCAGAGAGGGAUUUGGGCCUCACCCGGCAGCUGUUGGAUGAAGGUGCCUUUAGGUUGGUAGUCUCCAAGGUGGUAGGAAUUCGACAAGGGGAAACUCGAGGUAGCCGUUUUGUGACUCCCUAUUUAGAAGGACUUGUUCGUGUCUUAGCAAGGCUCACAUUUGUCUUAGCUGAUGAGCCUGAGGCUGUAGCUCUGGCUCGUGAGUACAAUCUUGCUGCAUUGUUCAUUGAUCUACUUCAGACAAAUGGACUUGAUAAGGUACAGAUGGUAUCUGCUUUGGCUCUGGACAACCUUUCACGAGAGUCCAAACGUCUGACAGAACUUCCAGAGUUUCCAAAACCAGGAUUUUGUGCUUCAAUCUUUCCUUGUUUCAGCAAACAACCAGUAGUGACUGGAUUUUGCCGCCUCCACCAUGGAAUCUGUUCACUGAAGGAAUCUUUUUGUCUUGUUGAAGGAAAAGCUGUGGGGAAGUUAGUGGCUUGUUUAGACCACACAAAUGAAAAGGUGGUUGAGGCAGCACUUGGAGCAAUCUGCUCAUUGUUGGAUGAUGAGGUUGAUGUUCAACAAGGGGUGAUGAUCUUGUGUGAGAUGGAGGGGGUCAAACAAAUAAUUGAAGUAUUGCUUGAGAAUCGGACAGAGACCCUGAGGAAGCAAGCAGUUUAUGCUGUUGAAAGGCUUCUUAGGACAGAAGACAUAGCAUAUGAAGUUUCUGGUGACCCCAAUGUGAGCACAGCACUGGUUGAUGCAUUUCGGCAUGGUGACUAUCGAACUCGGCAGAUUGCUGAGCGUGCCUUGAAGCAUGUUGAUAAGAUACCAAAUUUCUCUGGCAUAUUUCAGAACAUGGGCUAGGCAUGUUAUAGCUACUUCAUGUCGUUCAUUCAUGGAGACAGUUGAUGGUUGCAAGGGGUCACAUGUAUUGAUCAAUUUUCAAAUUUCCUACCAUCAGGAGGAGAAUUAAUAUCACCAUUGUGAUUUUGGUCUUGGAAGACUGCUGAAUCUUCUGCAAUCCAUCUUUUCUAUACAUCUUUUGUGUUGCCAUUUGUAGAUGUUAUAUGUUCAUUUGUUGGUUGAAUUGCUUCCCACAGAGUUACACCACCCAUUUAUUACAUGGACAAAUGAAGUUGCAGUAGCAUUGAUAGUGGAAAUAUGUUGUA